AGAGGGCGCUGGGGCGCAUUUCACUGCUUCGCGUGGAGCUGGAGGAGGAUUCGGGCUUUUGUGCCCCGUGAGGUGGGCGCCUCUGGAGGAACAUGAGCUGUGUGUGGGGUCAGGGCUGAGGCAGACUCCCAGGGAGGAGGCGACCGCGGCGGUGCUCCGGGGAGAUCGCUGGGGGCAGCACCUGAACCAGGGCCACUGGGGUGGCGACAAUCCACCCAGAUUUGGAGAUUGAAGUUUCGGACACAGCUCAAAGGCGGCGCCGCCGGUGCGCACCGUCCAGGCCGAGACCCCCCCCAGGCCGCGAUCACCGCGAGGGGGCGCCUCCGCCGCUACCCCAUUUCACCCCUGCUCGCUGACUCCCCCCAAAAUUCCCUUUUACUUUCGAUCCCUGGCUGUCCCCCAGCUUGGCCCUUCCACACAAGCCGGGGGAGCCUGGUGCGUGAGGAGAAUGGGACUCCGGGUCCCCGAGGGGCGGCGCCGGGGUCUCCGCCGCAGCCCCGGGUCAGAGUGCGGGGGUGGGGCCGGGGCCCCGGGUCCCGGCUGGGAGCCUCCGGGGCGGACGCCGGUUCUUGGAAGGGGCGAUGAGCUUUCGCCGUAACUGGGGCUCACGCAGGAAGCCGGGGGGUGCGGGGUGCGGAAACCCAGCCACAUCAAGGGCGCGCGGCGAGGGCGGGGAGCCCGGGGGGCGGGAGGGGAGGGGGCCGCGGGGCGCCUGUCCGAGACCUGCUCUUCUGUCCCCUCUGAGACCCGGCCACCGGCAUGAAGGGCCCGGGGACGCGAUGACAGCGCUGGCGCCAGCCUGGAGACCAACGUCCACCCGGCUGCUGCCGCCUCUGGGGCUGCUGCUGCUGCUGCUGCCGCCGCUGCUGAGCCCCAGCCUGCUUGGGACCCCCAGCUGCUCCUUCCCGCACAACCCCAUCUCCUCCAACUUCAGAGACAAAUUCAACCAGCUGUCUGACUACCUGCUCCGGGAUUAUCCAGUCACACUGGCCGCCAACCUGCAAGACGAGCAGUUCUGCCGGGAGCUCUGGCACCUGGUCCUGGCCCAGCGCUGGAUGGAGCGGCUCAAGCCAGUGGCCGGCUUAAGGAUGCAAGAGCUCCUGGAGGCUGUCAACACAGAGAUACACUUUGUCACCUUCUGUGUCUUCCAGCCCCUUCCCAGCUGCCUUCGCUUCGUCCAGACCAACAUCUCCCACCUCCUGCAGGACACUGUGGCGCAGCUGGAGGCCAUGAAGCGCUGGAUCACCCGCGGGAAUUUCUCUCAGUGCCUGGAGCUGAGGUGCCAGCCUGGGAUUGAACUCAGGACCCUGUGCUUGCCAGGCAAAUGCUUAUUCUACUGAGCUGUCUCCCCGGCCCUUUAUUGGCAUAUGAUGCUGAUGAUGCCCUAUGAAUACAUAGCUUUUUUGUACUUAUUAAAGCGCGUGUAUGUGUGUGUGUGUGUGUGUGUGUGUGUGUGUGCGCGCCUGCGUGCGCCAACAAUGUGAUUACAUUGUGAAUGUACCUAGUGGUAGGAAAUGAAUGGGUGUUUUGUUUGAUAAGAUCAGUUAUAUUUGAGAAUGAGUGUAUGUACAAGGGCCAGGGAGAUAACUC